GGCUCCGUCCUCACCUCGCGCCUGGCCGUACAGGAGCAGCGGCUCCCUUCAUCUCUGCCUGGCCCGGCCGCAGAGCCCUCAAGUCAGAAUGCUGGUUCAGCUAUGUCUAUACGUUUACUGCAAGUGUCUGUGGAGAUUUCUCAAGUUUAUCCUCAGAAAAAUAACAGGUAAAUGUGAGCUGCAGAGAAUCUGCUACAGCAGGAAACCUGGAGCUCAAAGGACAUUGAAAAUAGAGGCGUCAUUAAAGUCGUCCAGGAAUGAACUACUCCAGUCUGCUGUGACAACCCAUGUAGACGAUGUUGAAAGGACAGUCGAUAACAUCAUGCAACUGAAAAAUAUUAAUCAUGAUACCAAUCCACAGUUUGGGAUUUCUCUGCAAGCCUGUCUCCUACAGAUUGUAGGAUAUAGAAGAUUGAUUGCAGACGUUGAAAGACUCCGCAGAGAUCAGUAUGAUUCAGAAAAUCCAAACCAUGAAGAAACUCUAUUGAAGCUGUGGACUUUCCUUCGCCCUGAUGUAACACUGAAUGGUCGAAUUAGCAAACAAUGGUGUGAAAUAGGUUUCCAAGGUGAUGACCCAAAGACUGACUUCAGAGGAAUGGGGAUGUUGGGGCUAUAUAACUUAGUAUUUUUUGCAGAACAUGACAAUACAACUGCACGCCAAGUUCUUUUUGAUUCUCACCAACCAAAGUACAGGGAACUAACCAAAGAAGAUGUAAGCAAAAUAAAUACAAAGGAAUGGGAAAAGAAAAAAAAUGAUCAGGCAAUUGGAUUCUCCUUUGCUAUAGUGGGAAUUAACAUCACUGACCUUUCAUAUACUCUGCUAGUAAGUGGGGCAUUGAAAACCCAUUUGUACAAUGUUGCCCCUGAAGCACCAUCACUUUUUCAUUUCCACAAAAUCUUCUGCUAUCUGAUGCACCAGUUUCACAAAUUUUGGAUUGAAGAGGAUCCACUUGAUAUAAUGGAAUUUAAUCGUGUUCGAGAAAAGUUUCACAAGCGGAUUAUAAAGCAGCUUCAGAACCCAGACAUGAUCCUAUGCCCCCGUUUCGCAGCUUCAGAAAAUCUAAUUAAUCUGUAAAUCUUGAUCUUGCCAUAAGUCAUGUCACUGCUUCAUCUCUGUACUUGUGUGUGAACUGAUUUUAAGAAACUGAAGUUAAAUCACAGCCUUGAUCACAACCAGCAUAUUUGAUGACCAUGGUGACUGUAUGCAUGCUUUACUUUAAGUAUAAUAGUUCUCCAUUUGGUGCCGUAAAAGGACUACACAUGCUAAACAUUACAUGAACACUGGAAGUAUUCUCCAUAAACACUUGCUCAUAUUGUGGCAGUGUGGAGUGUUACAAUCUAAUCAAUGGAAGAGACUUCUCUAUUUUUUUAUUGUUUUCUUACAUCAGCACAGAUAAGCUGUACUUUUGUUGUGCUUUGUAAUGCUGUUAGAUGGUAGUUAUGUAAUAAUGUUUGUUCAGAGCUUUUAUCAUGAUCUUAACAAAUUUGCAGGCAUUACUUACUAUGGAAGAAUGUAUUUUGAUCAAACGAAUAGUGCAUUUUUCAUAACCAUAUGCACAAAUGCCAUUUUAAUAGGAUUAAACUAUAUAUUUGGUAAUUUUAAUAGCCCAAUAAUUAUGGGUAACUAAAGGACCUACACAAUUGUACUUUGGUUGUCUGUAGAUUAGGAAGAGUAAUAAUAAGCUAUUUUGACAUCUUUGUUUUGAAAUUUUCAUGGCAAGUAGUUUGUCUGCUCUUGGCAUAAAAUAUAUUCUACAAUUUGACAAUGGUUAACAAUAAUUUUAUUAAUAUGCAGAAUAAAUGUUAUUGGACAUACAGAUGUGCAGUAGAGUGCGCACGAUGGAUGUUUGCUUAAUUUUUUUCUGAACUGGAAUAUGGAAAAUUUUGUGAUUCUGCGCCAUAUCUAAUCAACAGAUAUGUCUGGGUCAGAAUGGAUAAAAAGUAACUUUUCCAGCAUUGUUAUUCCGAUUAUAACAUACAGAUACAAACAAAAAUGUUAUGUAAAAAUCAGUAGCUGGAGGACAUUUGGUUAAAAUAUUGUGAAAUUCCUAAAUAGGGAAUCAGUUACGUGAAUAUUUUUAUUUCUAAAAUCAUGGUGUAAAAUUAUAUGUGUUUAAAUACAACCACAUCUCAUCUGUGAAUAUAAUAUUAGAAAUGAUACAUUGUCUUUCCUCUUUCCUACAAAACAAAUCCUCUUUAAUGAAAAUGUUGCUGUUGAAUUGCUUGUAGCUUUGUUUUGAAGCAGCCUGUACAUACUUCAUUUUGCCCUCAUAUCUCAUUCACCAUUAUACUAAAUAUAAGAUUCUUAAUGGAGUACUAAUGCUUAUUAUUUAUUGCUUUCCACCUCACUCAAUAACAACUCCCACACUCAGCCCCUGUGUAGAUGGGAUUGAAGUGUAAGUUUUUACUAGUGCAAAUAAAUGUAUUUAAAUCCAGUUAGGUGUUAAUAAUUGGAUCCUCCUGAUAUGGUUCAAAAAUAAUUUGUUUUGGAAUUGUAAUUUGUUUGUUGCCUACAGUAUAUUAGUAAGGACCACAGUAUUAAUAUUUUAGUAGAAUGUUAAGAGUAUAACCAUAUUAAUAAUGCGGAUACUGUGAAUUUUAUUUAAUAACAAUGAUCGAAACAAAUCUCUUCAAUCUGCAGUUUAUUUUAUUUAGCAAAUGCACAACUUCAGAACCAAGCAAUAGCCUCUUCAUUUGCUGAUUUGAAAAUGAUCAAUUCACCACUUAGUAUGUAAAGGGAAUAAUGCUCAGAAAUGUGCAUCAUUGUUUGUAUCUAUGCAUGAAUGCAUAUGGAGUUUGUACUGAGGCCUUAGUGAUGGAGGUUCGGUGAUGAAACAUUGGAAAAGAAUCUCUCAACUUGCUGCUAUAUUAAAUGACAGCAUAACAGGUAAUAUAUUAUCCACGUUUUGUCUAGUUCCAGAAUGAUGUCAUUCAUUUUGGGGUCACUUCAGAAAUGAGACUAUUUCAGAAAGCUUAAGUACUAACUGAGGAGAUAUUCUGAAUGAAACUUCUCUUACAUAAAGUUUGCAUCUAAUUAUGCUUAAAACAUUGCUGUGCUUGUUCUAGUGACUUCAUUCUUCUUAUUACAUGUAUGUUUAGAUUAGAUUAUUUAGAUUACUUACAGUGUGGAAACAGGCCCUUCGGCCCAACAAGUCCACACCGAU